AUGGUUAAUCACAAACUACUUUUUUCUCCCAAAAUCCUGAAUUUGAAUGUAUAUGUAGUUGGUGAAGUUGGACACCCCAAGGCGAAAGUUAUUCGUAUUGUGCAUAUCUCAGAUACAAGGGGAGCACAUGAUGCCUUCACAGAAAAUAUUCCACGAGGACAUAUUCUGAUUCAUUCUGGCGAUUUUACAUCUCACCCACCUUCGCUCAGCCUCCGCUUUUCAACAUGGUGUAAGAGUAUAACUGGUAAACUUCCUCAAUUUAAAAAGCGUCAUUCAUCACCCAUUAAGAACUGGAAACAACAAAUCAAAGAGAUUGAUAAUUUUUUUGCUCAACAGCCACAUGAUUUCAAAAUCUUUGUUCCCGGUUGCUGGGAAACAUGGUAUUCGGAUUCAUCUGGUGACUGUCCUACGCCUGAAAAAAUUCAGUCUCAGCUGACAUCAGCCAUUUACCUUGAAGACUCCUGGUGCCAGGUUUUUGGGUUGACGAUUUACGGUAUCCCUUGGACUUCAGCUGACGACUUAAGACCCGAAGAUGGAGCAUUUGUACAGAAGCAUUUAAGUCAUUAUACAAAUUUUAAACUUAAGACUUCAAUUAGCUGUUUGCGAUUUACUGAAAAAGUUAAUGGUCAAACAUCAUCCAAACCCACCACUACCGUCUCUAGCCCAUGUCAGUCUAAAGGUUUUGUGCUGCCUAAUAUUGACGAUGUUUCUAAACAAUGGAUGCAUAUUCCAGAUAAUACUGAUGUCGUUGUAACUCACAUGCCUGCAUGGCGUCCUGAACUUUACGCCCAUAUAGCCGAUCGUGUAAAACCUGUUUUACACCUAUGUGGUCAUGAUUUUGCUGGGUAUGGAGUGAUGUGGAAAAAAGGAACCCUCUUUUGUAAUGCUGCUUUACAGCUCACUUCAACAUUUCCGUCUACUGGUUUACCUAGGCGUCAUUCCAAAAAAUCAAUUAAACACAAGCCACAUGACUCUAGUGAGUAUUCUUAUGCGCUUAGUGAUUUUCGAGAACCCCCACUGUACACAGCGAAACCCAAUGGUCGACCCCGACCUCCAAGAUGGCAACGAGGUUUACCAAAACAACUAUCUCGUUUAUUUUCAACUAACCAAAGUUCCACUGGUUGUUCUUUUUUCCGGCGUACUCGUACACUCAGUUCUGUUGUAGUUACACCGACACAGAGUUCAAAGGCUGCAGUAGCUCAUACCAGCGCUGAUAUUGGAUUUAUAUAUGAUCCAGAUAUGCGUGCCGGGAUCGGUGCAAUGGCUGUUAACGAUCCAACAUGUAGUGGUAGUACACAUAUAGGAUAUGCUAGCGGUGGAACUGGUUUAUCUGGCAGUAAUGUAUGCUCUUCUGCUUGUCGUCGCAGUCCUAUCGUUGUAGAUGUUUAUGUUGUCAAUGACGAUCAAAGUGUAAUCCUUCCCCCAUACGCCAGUUCUCUAAUAAAUAUAUUAAAUACUCAGGAAUGUACAAUUCAUGAUUAA